AUGGAACGGGAUUGCUUUUGCUUUGUGAAAAAAUGUCAUCAGUGUCAAAUUCAUGGUGAUCUCAUUAAUUCAUCUCCCUCAGAGUUGCACCCCAUGGCCGCUCCUUGGACCUUUGUUGCAUGGGGAAUGGAUGUCAUCGGACCAAUUGAGCCAAAAGCUUCUAAUGGACAUCGAUUCAUUUUGGUCGCAAUUGAUUACUUUACUAAAUGGGUGAAGGCAAUCACUUUCAAGGCAGUCACUAAGAAGGCGGUCGUGGAUUUUGUCCAUUCAAACAUAAUUUGUCAUUUUGAUAUCCCAAGAACUAUCAUCACAGAUAAUGCUGCAAACCUUAAUAGCAAUUUGAUGAAGGAGGUAUGUGAGCAAUUAAAAUUGUGCAUCUCAAUUCUACUCCAUACCGACCAAAAGCCAACGGAGUUGUGGAGGCUGCCAACAGGAAUAUCAAAAAGUUUCUCAGGAGGAUUCUUCAAGGCACCAGACAAUGGCAUGAGAAGCUCCCUUUUGCACUUUUGGGAUAUCGCACAAUAG